UUCGGUCUUUUGACGUGACGUCAUUUCUCCGCAGAGACAGCUGAGUCUUCCGCUGCUUCUCCAAACUGCUCUUGGAUACAUGUCGACGCACAUAUAGUUAGACUAGAUUUUAAGUUAAAUAACAAAGGCAGGCGACAUGUUGCACAGGGAAAAGCUGCCGCUGUUGUGGGUUUUCAUGCAGGCUGUGCUCGUCGUGGUGCGGUGUUUCACCGACAUGGACACGGGGCCUGGCGCAGGAGUAUCCACACAGACCAACGGAGAUCGCUUCAAAAUCGAGGGGAGAGCGAUAGUCCCGGGUGUGAAAACACAAGACUGGGUUUCCUCAGCUCGGGUCUUAGUGGAAGGAGAAGAAUAUGUGGGCUUUUUGAGAACUGAUGGCAGUUUUGCUGUAAAUGACGUCCCUUCAGGAUCUUACGUUGUGGAAAUCGUUACCCCGACUUAUAGAUUCGAACCAGUGCGUGUUGAUAUCACAUCCAAGGGGAAAAUGAGAGCGCGUCUUGUGAACUACAUCAAGACUUCAGAAGUAAUCCGCCAGCCGUAUCCUCUCCAAAUCAGAGCUAGCGGCCCUCACAGCUACUUCAUGAAGAGGGAAACCUGGGGCUGGACAGACUUCCUUAUGAAUCCAAUGGUUAUGAUGAUGGUUCUGCCCCUGCUGAUCAUUGUUCUGCUGCCCAAGGUUGUCAACACCAAUGACCCAGAGAUGAGAAAGGAAAUGGAGCAGUCCAUGAACAUGCUGAACCCCAACCCUGAACUUCCAGACGUCUCCGAGCUCAUGACCAAACUCUUCUCUGGCUCUAAGGGCUCCAGCAAGGCAGGCAGCAGCAGCAAGGGCACCAGGCCAGCUGCCAAGCGGAGGUAGUACUGUAAACGCCUCCUUAAUCUGCAUAAAGAAGCACCAGUUAUGCCAUGGAAGCAAGAUUUUUAAGUGUCAAUUUUUUUUUUUUCUUCUGGGUCUAUUGUACAGUUUUCUUUAUUAACAGAUGUUCUGAGUGCAUCUUGAUUCCUUAUAUACUAUUGGAAACCAAGCAAAAAUAAUUUUUUUUUUUUUUUUCAUACUGCACUGAUAGAAAACUUAAAAACUCUGCAAACGCUGUUUUUCUUCAUUUGCUCUUCUACUUCACUCUUUUCUGUGCUAACCCUCCGGUGUGCAUUUCCACUGCUGCUAAUUCCACUACCUGAAAGAUAACAUAUAUACAUAUUCAGAGUUUUUGUUUUUGGGGUUUCAGUAAUACGACUGUGAAUGAAGAUAAAUUGAAUUUUAAGACUUAUAAAUUCUUAUUUAAAAAUCAUAGAUAAAUAAAUUGCAAUGGUAUAUAACAACUGUGUUUUUAUUUCAAACUGUCUUAUUUGUUUGAAAGUGAGCACAUGGCCUUCUCGUUUUUUUGAAUUACUGUGUGGUGUACUGCAUGGCCAGAAUUCACAUACUGUACAUAUGUGCCUAAGGUGUAUAUAUUGAUAUGGUAAUGUCUGGCGGUUCAAAGAAUGAAAGAGCUGUGUGGUUACUUUCAGGAUCUCUAGAAAGUGUAACUGGCUUUACUUUAAAUAAAGCGGGCAGUAAAGUCCUUAUUAAAGUCAAUAAUAAAAUGUGUUUGUGGUAAAUGUCA